AGAGACUAGUAAGAUAGUACCAUGGCUGCUUUGGAGACUCUGGAAAUCCAGAUGUGAUUUCAUCUUUAAAGGGAAAGACUUUAAUGCUCAGGACACGGUCAAAAAGGCGGUGGAAGAUGCACUUGAAUGAUCAAACAUGAAAGAACAAGAAGAGACGAGGAGAGGACAUUCUAGACCGAGGGUGAGUGUUGAAAAAUGGAAACCUCCACCUAGGGGCUGGGUUAAAUGUAACACCGAUGGAACUAGACAAGGAGAUGGCAGUCCAAGUGGAACGGGCUGGGUUCUCCGAACUAGCGAUGGAACAGUGUUGUGGAUGGGAGCAAAAGCUUUGCGCAGAACUCGAUCGGUACUGGAAGUGGAGCUAGAGGCAUUGAGAUGGGCAAUCCUCACGAUUAUCAGAUUCAACUACCAAAAGGUUAUCUUUGAAUCUGACUCUCUAGAGGUAGUCAAUCUGAUCAAUAAUAAUGAAUCCUGGCCAUCUUAUGCCCCAACCCUCCAAGAUAUCAAGCUUUUGCUCCAACAGUUUCAAGAGGCCAUAGUGAUUUACUCACCAAGAGGAUGUAAUGGAGUGGCUGACCAAGGAAUCUCUUUCUUUUGAGAACUAUGAUCCUAAGUUGUACUCGUUAAUGCCAAAUUGGAUUAAGCAUUGUGUAAUGGUGGACAAACCAAGUGGUGUUCUGGUGAUCGGAAGGAUCAUAAUUCUGGUGUUCUGGUGGUGCCCGUGAGGUAACACGAAUGUUCGGUGUCUGAUGUGUAAUCCGAACAUCUCUCUUCAUACUUGGUCAUGUGGGGAUGGUUGGUUGAGUGACUCGGUACGAAGGGAGAUGUUGGAUGAAUCAUUAGUUAGCCAUUUCAAGGGAAGUUGUGAUCGGUAUGGUAAUGUUGGAAGAUCGGGUCUUCGGAGCGGAUUGCGGAAUGCGUUCGUGGAAGCUUUGGGAUCCGGAGGAAAUCAGAGUCUACGAAUGGCUAAGGUACUUGUAUGUAUUGGCUUAGCUUUGUAGUGUUUUCCGGCUGCGUAGAAUGGUUUAA